AUGCGGGUUUUCCGACGCCACUCCGGCUCAGCUAGCGCAUCGAUAACAUCCAUUGGGCAAAUGGAGGCUGAAACAGUUGGCCGGCUCAGUUUUGACGAGAUAUCCAACGGCGGGCUGCUGAGUGCGGAGCCCGGCCAUGGGCUGUUUGGUGUUGUCUCGGGUUCCGGCGAAGGAGAGAGCCAGCUGCCAGCUCGUCGUCAGGCCGACAUUGCUGGAAAAGUUGGCCUUCCAUGGGGAUAG